UUUGUGUGUUUAAGGACGUGUUUCUCUUUGCAUGACUGGAUUUCUCUGCUCUCUCUGCUCAGACGUGUUUGUGUCCCACUGCUCACUCACUCUCUAAGAAUGCUCACGUUCCAGGCAGCACCGGGUCAGUUCGGCCCCGAGGUCCGGGAGCCGGGCCUGCGAGUGUGGCGGGUGGAGAAGAUGAAGGCCGUGCCUCUGGAUCUCUCCGAGGUGGGGGCCUUCUUCAACGGGGACUCCUAUCUGGUGCUGGAGAACCGCGGCGAGCUGGGGGCCGACCUGCACAUGUGGAUAGGUGAGAAGUCGUCUGGGGACGAGCAGGUGGCGUGUGCCAUGCUGGGCACCCAGCUGGACAACUUCCUGGGCGGCGACCCCAUCCAGCACCGGCAGGUUCAGGGCUACGAGUCCCCGGAGUUCAUGACACUCUUCCCCAGAGGAGUCAGCUACAAGGAGGGUGGUGUGGAUUCGGGCUUCCGGAGGCCUCAGGGCUCGGGGACGGUGCACAGGUUGUACCAAAUCAAGGGGAAACGAAACAUCCGUGCCAAGGAGGUGGAGAUGUCCUGGAGCAGCUUCAACAAGGGAGACUGCUUCAUCCUGGACCUCGGAGUGACGAUCGUGUCGUGGAUCGGAUCGCAGGCCAACAUGUUCGAGAAGCAGAAAGUGCGCGAGAUCGCCUCGUUGAUCCGUGACACGGACAGACACGGCAAAGCAAAAAUCAUGGAUUGCAACGAAGGGGAGGAGCCUGAAGAGAUGCUCAAGGUCCUGGGACAGAUGCCAGCUCUCGCAGAGGGUUCUCCAGAAGAGGACAGCCAAGCGGACGCCUCUAACUCUGCCUCCCUCUACAAGGUGUCAGACGCCACAGGUUCCCUGACGAAGACCAAAGUGUCGGAGAAGUGCCCGUUUGCCAAGGAGCUGCUGGUUCGGGACGACUGCUUCAUCCUGGACAACGGCGCCAACGGAAAGGUCUUCGUGUGGAAAGGUAAGGGAGCGAACGCUGAGGAGAAGACAGGGGCCCUGCAGAUGGCAGAUAACUUCAUCGAGGAAAUGAAGUACCCCAGGAUGAAAACACAGGUGGAGAUUCUGCCCCAGGGGAAGGAGACCAUCAUCUUCAAGCAGUUCUUCAAGAACUGGAACUAAACAUUUCACGGGACUGUUCGAGAGGGAGAUCUGAAAACAGGCCGCAUCUCACACGGAACAUAUUUCUUUUUAAAUGCAAAUACUUGUAUGUACAUAUUUGUGAUUUGCCGUAGCUCGUCCUCGACCUUUGGUAGAAUCGGAGAGAUGUGAUGCUACUUUUGUAAAAGCAAACCAGCUUCUUCAGCUUACAGCACCGAUAUGAAGAGAUCUACAAAAAAAAAAGUUAAAGAGUUAGAAUUUUGUUUUUUUUACAUUUGUUCGCGUGUCACAGUUUUGCCUGCCUUUUGAAAAAUAAAUCCGAAACUGCUUGUUACUUGUU